AUGCAAAAACUAGAAAAGUAUGCGACAGACAGUCCACAAGUCUUGUACAUAAAGAAGAGCGACCCAACGAACGUCGAGUUCAGCUACUGUCCUUUCGACCAAGCCUUGGUUAGUAUGACAAUGAGUGUGAACAGCUUUCCCAAUCACAUCAUGUUCGACCCUGACUACGACACAGACUUCUUCGACGAUGACGACAACGAUGACAUGAUGCUGCCAGAAGAGAUCUUCAACGUGGUGGCUGGAUUUGUGUAG